AUGAUUUGUGAAAUCAACAUAUGCAUUUUUAUUCUACUGCUGUCAAGUAGCUAUUCUUCUAAUGGUUUGACAAAAGUCUCCCACUCAGCAUAUCACAUCCUUCACAACGAUCAUCCAGCGCGUCAUGCAUUCCGAUUCCUCAAAGGAAAUGCGCCUCGGUAUCGAAGUUCACCGCCUCCCGCAACAUUUCUUUCCAACGGAAUACAAGGCACAACCUCGAAUGUCGUUGAAGAGGACGAAGCUACUGUGGAGUGGUUACAUGGCGAGAACUCCAAUCCUUCGCCGCAAACACCCACACUAAAACGCAAAAAUGACCUUAUGACGGAAAUUUUAACGGAGAUGAAAAGCAAGUAUGGGGAGGAGUCAAG